UUGCUUAUCACUAUUCUUGCGGUACGUUUGUUUCAGUCCUCUAAGCUAAGACCUUCUUCUGAUCGGUGCGUUUUUAAACGACAGUCUUCUAACGGCUCUGCAAGAAGAACGGUCAACUAUCCUACGAAUAGGUUUGUUGGUGUGUUGUUCGAUCAGGUGUUAAGACAAAGCUCACGAAUAUGUACCUCCGAGGCAUAUUAUUGCUAUUCCUUCUUGGAGAAUCAAUCUGCAUAGAAAAUAGAGGAGAUCAAGUUAAACCAAAGCAAUUACGCCUAACACCUGACAAUCGGUACUCUGCCGGCAUCUUGGACUUCAAUUUUCUGAAUCCCCAACAACAAGCUGCUCUUAUACCCCAAUACAGCUUCGCCGAUGCAAGAUAUCAACCUCAAUUCGUCCUCUAUGGUGCUGGACCUGGACAACCCUUCCUCUUGAAUCCAGGACAACCACCGAACAAUUUCCUAUUUCCACCACCAGAAGCUCCACAAGGACCUGGAGUCAUCUAUAGGAACGCACCACAGCCUGGAAGGCCAGUCUUUGUAGGACCUGGAGGUGCGGGAGGAUUUCCUAAUCAGAAGCCAGCAUUCGUACCGGCCAUCGAAAAAGACGCUGAGGAGAUUCCAACCAAUCCCGCUAGAAUACCUCCAUUCAAACCAAAAAAACCUGUGAAAAAACCAGAGAAACUGGAAACCUUCAACGAAACCCCAACUGCCACAGAAGCUGACGACUUGGAAGGCAAACAAACCCCACAAGCUGAGCCAAAAAUACCAAAUACCAACGUGGCUGAUCCAAACCCAGGACAUCGCUAUUUCUUCCUGAACGGCCAAUCACUAUUCAACUACCCCUUCUCCCUUUACCUUCCUCAAAACGUAAACCCUGAAGACGUGCUCAAAUACACUCAGAACUAUCCCAAGUCUCGUCCUCAGGAAGUGCCUGUACCAGUUAUCCCAGCCUUCCAGAACCCUCAAUUCCAAGCACCAAAUUUCCAGGAAGCAUCCGCUUAUGACCAGAACAGAUUAAACGGAUUUCCUCUGAAUUUUGAUCCUUACAUCCAACAAGCUCAAAUCCAACCUUACCAAGAAACUUUGCCGGUGAACUUCUUGCAACCUCAGAUGCAAUACAACCCUCAGUUGGCUCAACAAGGUUUUCGCCAGCAGUUGCCACUAUCCAGCGAACCUAAAAGGCAGGUUUAUGUCCUGAAAGAAAAGCCCAACUCUGGAUCGUCAGAUAAGACUGUUGAGAACUCCGAUAAUAAGCAGAUACAAGCAUCGUCCACCUUGCUCAGAUCGAUAUCACCGUUCAGCAUAAGCUCAAACGAAGGGCAAAACGUAAAGAUUAGAGUUUCAACAAAGGACUUCAAUUUACAACCAGUCAGGGCUCAAGAAGUCUCUCAUUACUUGGACGAUGUGGAGAAUGAUGCUGUAGUUAUUGAUGCUAAGUUUGAUGAUGAUAGUGAAGCGAUAUCAGUUCCUGCCAAACAGCAGGAACAACCAAGUUUGGCCCAGGCAGAACCUGGUGCUAUAGCUCUAGCAGGUCCUGGAGGAGUUGCUUCUUCUGGUCCAAGAGCUACAGCUCUUGUGGGAAAGGAAGGUAUGGCGGUGUCAAGCCCAAAAGCUACAGCUAUAGCUGGACCAGCUGAUGAAACUGAGAAGGAAGAUGAGCAAGAUUCCAAAAAAGACCCCAAAAAGGAUAAGAAGGAGAAAUAUUUCAGGCAAAGGUUCAGAGGUAUCUACGUCUAAAAAGAAUAAAUAAAAACUACCCUGUGUUAUUGCCAAUUUCUCCACAAAAUGUACAAAAAAGUUAUCAUGAUAGAAAAGGUAUCGAUUAGAAUCCUUUAGUAGCAACUUUUUGAACAAACAUUAAUAUUAUGACUUAAGGUAGACGUAAGAAGAAGCUAAAAAUUGAAGAGUUUAAGUUUUGAUAAUGAUGAAUGAUUAUUAUAACAACUAUAUAAAUAAUUUGACUGAAAUAAAUGCUAAUUAUAGAAACUGUUAAACAAGAGAAAUGUCGGAUUACAUUUAAAUUCUGAAAUAUCCAAUGAAAGUGAAAAUAAAAGCUAAUUGUAAUGAAA